AUGGCUCAACCGCAACAAGUCGAUCCGGCAGCCAUCGUUCCCGACAAUACGAUUGAAGAUACUGACUCCUCCCUUGGUGAGGAUCUCCAGUCCUCUACCGCAAGCAUCUCAAGCUCAAUCCUGAAUUAUCGCCGCGAGAACGGUAGGACCUAUCAUGCCUACAAAGAUGGAAAAUAUGCUUUGCCAAAUGAUGAGGCUGAAAAUGAGAGACUUGACCUUCAACAUAACCUGUUUCUCCUCACCUUUGAUGAUAAGCUCGGCCUAGCCCCGCCAAACAAACCUGAUGCCAAGGUCAAACAUGUUCUAGAUAUCGGGACAGGUACUGGCAUCUGGGCUAUCGAUUAUGCGGAUGAGCACCCUGAAGCUCAGGUAAUUAUCGUCCCGCCGAACGUGAACUUUGUUAUCGAUGAUAUCGAGGAUGAAUGGACUUAUAGCCAGCCAUUUGACUAUAUCCAUAGUCGUGUCAUGACAUCUUGCAUCGCAGACUGGGGCGACUAUCUGACCAAGUGUUUCAGCAACCUUGUCCCUGGUGGCUAUCUCGAAAUCCAAGAAGUUGACAUAAACAUCAAAUCCGAUGACGGAAGCCUCAGCCCAGAUAACAUCAUGCUCAAGUCUCUGGCCCUGUUGAAUGAAGCGUCUGUCAUGUUUGGCCGACCAUACCUGGAUAUCCUAUCUCUCGUGGACAUCAUGAAAAACGUCGGCUUUAAAGAUGUUGUUGUUGAGAAGUUCAAGUGGCCCAUCAACUCUUGGCCCCGAGAUAAGAAGGCCAAGUUGCUUGGAAGUUGGUGCUAUACUAAUAUGGCUUGCGGUCUUGAGGCCUUCACUAUGGCACCGUUGACUCGUGCUCACGGAUGGACACCUGAGGAAGUCAAUCUCUGGCUGGUCCAUCAACGGAAGGCGAUGGCUGAUAGGAAUACUCAUGCUUAUUGGCCGCUCCAGGCCUCUGGCAACUUCGGCACCCCCAUCACUGUCGCUCUCACCAAAGCCGGCUUCAACAUUACCAUCAUCACCCGAAAUGAAUCCAAGUCCACAUUUCCGGAUGGCAUCCCUGUAAUCAGAAUAGACUAUACUCUAGAUGCACUCACCCAAGCGCUGUCUGGUCAAGACGCGGUUGUAUGCGUUGUCGGUCCAGCAGGCAUCACUCUGCAAGCCACGAUGAUCGACGCUGCUCUCGCCGCUGGUGUCAAACGCUUCAUCGUUGACGACUACGGCUGGGGCCCUGAGUUCAGAAGUUACCCUGAAUUCGAAGGAGUGCGCGCCCAACGAACUGUUGGUGUCGAUCGCGCAAAAGAACAUGCUGCUGCGAACCCCAACUUCACUUGGACCAGUAUCGCGACUGGCAAUCCCAUUGACUGGGCGCUAAAGCGGUUCCCUACCAUGGGGUUCGACAUCAAAAAUCGCAAUGCAAUCAUCUAUGAUAGGGGCGAAGAGUACUUCACUGGAACCACUCUUGAAGGCAUAGGUCAGUCGGUAGUUGGAGUCCUUCAGCACCCAGAAGAAACAGUGAAUCACCACGUCAAAGUGCUCUCCAUCAAAACAUGUCAAAACGAGCUACUGGAAGCUUUUCAGGAGGGAACAGGAAGUGAAUGGGAUGUCCAGAGACGAACAAGCCGUGAGCUUAUAGAUGGAGCGCGAAAGAAGCGUGACAAUGGCGAAGGUGGUUGGAUCCUUGACUUAGCUGUCGCUCAGUUGUAUGAGGCAGCUGAGGGAGGGAAAGCUCGCUGUAUUGUUGCGCCGUCGUGGGAAGAGUCGGAUUCCGGGUUACUUGGGGUUACUAAAGAAACACCUAAAAGCAUUAUCGCUUCCGUUCUGGACGGUAUUUGA